AUGCUCGCCUACCGCCUCCACGCCUACGCCUCCACCCCACCCCUCCACCUCGACACCCUCCCCGUUCCCACCCCAACCCCAACCCAAGCCCUAAUCCACACCUCCCACGCAGCCCUCAACCCCAUCGACUGGAAAAUCGCCCUGGGCCACGUAGCCGAGCACAUGCCUCUCCCCUUCCCGUACACCCUGGGCGUAGACUUCGUCGGCACAAUCACCUCUCUCGGCGCCAACUGCCCCUCCCGCCUAAAAAAGGGCGACCGCGUCAUGACCCUCUCCCGCGCCCUAGGCGCCUUCGCAGAAUCACUGACCAUCGAGUCGGACAUCCUCGCCAAAGUCCCGGACGGGCUGAGCGAUGCCGACGCAGCGACCUUGCCGAUCCCAGGGCUCUCCGCGUGGCAGUCUCUCCACGCCGCGGGGCCCCUGGAGCCCGGGAUGAAGGUCCUCAUCCACGGCGCCAGCGGCGUCGUCGGCGCGUUGGCCGUGCAGCUCGCGAAGGCGAAGGGGUUGCAUGUCGUUGGGACGGCGUCGGGGAAGAAUAGGGAGUUUGUGGUGGGGCUUGGGGCGGAUGGGUUUGUGGAUUAUACGAGGGAGAAGUUUGAGGAUGUUGUGGGGAUGGGGAGUGUGGAUCUCGUGCUGGAUUAUGUCCUCGUCGGCGGCGCCGCCAACACCACCGAACGAUCGUGGGGCGUGUUGAAAGAAGGCGGGGCGAUUGUCAGUUUGGCGGAUCCGACGAUUCUGGGGAAAAUCCCUGAGGGGAAGAGGGGGUUCUUUCCGGAGAUUGUGCCGGAUGUGGAGGGUUUGGAGAAGUUGGGGCGGAUGUUGAGGGAUGGGGAGAUAAAAGCGAAGGUGGCCAAGGUGUAUCGGCGAGGGGAGUUGCUGGAGGGGAUGGAAGCUAACAAGGCUGGGGGCACGACGGGGAGGCUGUUGGUGGAUUUUAGGAGGGCUUGA